AUGAAGAAACAACAGAGACUUUGGUUUCUGGUCUGGGUGUGUGUUUGCUUUAUUGGUCCGACAUGUUGUUGGCACGACUUGGACAACAGAGAGUACGACUGCUGGCCUCUUGACGGACCCAACGAUAGCAACAUGAUCGAAUGUGGAGGUCUGGAGAUGGCCUGGGUGGUCCGUCCUCCUGAGGCCGUGAAGAGCGGCGAGGUGUUCAGCGUCACGUACUCGGUAACGGCCCAGGAUUUUUUCUACCAGUGGGCCGUCGAAAACCACAUCUUCACACACAGCUCCAUAGUAAACGCCGAAGCAGCUCGGAGGUUCUGCGAACAUCACGACUGUCCGUCCAACUGGAAAGAUGCAGACGGAGAAAACUGCUGCAUUCAUCAUGCUAACAUCCACUCCUGUCCACUGGGAUACAUGACAUCGGAGAGCAUCUGCGGCCCCUGGAUUCCUGACGAUGGAAAAAUCUUCACACACACCAUCUCUACGUCCGGCAAGAUGACCCAGACCAACUGGACUGCCAAGGUGGUUUUGCUCCAUGCUGGUUUAACCUCGCUCAUCGCUCACAUACGAGUUGGUCGCAUGCAGGUUGCUCUGGAGGCCAAGAGCACUGUGCUGCCCGCUGUAGUUUGUGGUGAUGGUGUCUGUGAGGAGGCGGAGCUUUGUUCCACCUGUCCAGCCGACUGUGGUGAAUGCCCUAUGACCCCAGCCACCAAGCUGGCCAUCGGCCUGCCGCUCAGCCUGCUCUGCCUCUGCUUCAUACUGACUGCUGUGUGGCUGCGGUACCAGAAACAGAAGCUGUUGUGGGACGAGAGUUGGCUCAUCGACUUCUCUACAAUAAAACAAGAUCAGGAAGCUCGGAUGACCAUGGGCAGUAUAAUGAGUGUACCAGUGGGAAACAGUGACAGUAACACCAGCUGUAUAACUGCUCUCAGCUCAUGUACGGGACAACCGGGAAACCGAAAAAUACUGUUCACCUGCACCGGGAUAUAUGACGGCAGGACAGUGGCCAUCAAGAGGAUUCAUACAAAGACUUUCUCUCUGUCCAAAACCAUCAGACAGGAAGUCAAACAAGUCAGGGAACUCGAUCACCCCAACCUCUGUAAGUUUAUAGGUGGGUGUGUUGAGGCUCCAAACGUUGCCAUAGUGACAGAGUACUGCCCAAAAGGAAGCCUGAACGACGUUCUUCUCAAUGACGAGAUCCCUCUCAACUGGGGCUUCAGGUUUUCCUUCGCCACAGACAUCGCCAGAGGAAUGUCGUACCUCCACCAACACAGGAUCUGUCACGGUCGACUCAAGUCUCUGAACUGUGUCUUAGAUGACCGCUGGGUUUGUAAAAUAACAGAUUAUGGUCUGAGGAUGUAUCGCAGGGAUGACGGGGCGGAGCCUCUUUCCACCUAUCAGCAGAGACUCUUGGAGGUGUACAUGCCGCCAGAGUUUCAUAACUCCAGCAUGGAGCCGACACUGGCUGGAGACGUGUUUAGUUAUUCCAUCAUUCUGCUGGAGAUAGCCACUCGCAGCGACCCCGUCCCCGCAGAGGAGUCUAAUCUGGAGUGUGCCUGGUGUCCUCCUCUACCUGAACUGAUCUCCAGUAAAGCUGACAACACCUGCCCAUGUCCUGCUGACUACGUAGAGCUGAUUCGACGAUGCCGCUCUCAUAACCCCGCCCACCGACCCACCUUUGAACAAAUCAGGAAGUUUGUUCACCGAAUCAACCCCGUCAAAGUCAGCCCGGUGGACAUGAUGAUGAACCUGAUGGAGAAGUACAGUAAACAUCUGGAGGUGUUGGUGGCCGAGCGGACUCAAGACCUGAUGCAUGAGAAACAGAAAACUGACAGGCUGCUGUACAGUAUGCUUCCUAAGCAGGUAGCUGAUGACCUGCGCCAGGGGAAACCGUUGCAGGCUCAGAGUUACGUCAGUGCCACCGUCUUCUUCAGUGAUAUCGUGGGCUUCACCCAGCUGUCGAGUACCAGCACUCCCUACCAGGUUGUGGAUUUCCUUAACAAACUCUACACGACAUUUGAUGACAUCAUCGACAACUAUGACGUCUACAAGGUGGAAACCAUCGGAGAUGCCUACAUGGUGGUGUCCGGCGUUCCCCAGGAAAAUGGGAUCCUCCACGCCUCAGAGAUCGCCAGCAUGGCUCUGGACCUGGUGGGAGUCUGUCGCACCUUCAGGAUCCCUCACAAACCCAACAUGCAGCUGCAGAUACGAGCCGGGAUACACUCCGGUCCGGUGGUUGCAGGUGUUGUAGGGACGAAGAUGCCUCGUUACUGUCUGUUCGGGGACACCGUUAACACAGCGUCUAGGAUGGAGUCCACCAGCCUGGCCCUGAAGAUCCAGUGCAGCUCCAGUGCAUUUUACCUGCUGGAGGAGAUCGGCGGCUAUGUGCUGGAGUGCAGAGGAAUGCUGCAGGUCAAAGGGAAAGGCGACAUGGUGACUUACUGGUUGGCGGGGAAGAAGGUGUCUCUGGUCGCCAGGGACGUCAGCCCGGACACCAAGACGACCAAGCACGUCACCAUGGAGACGGAGAAAGAGAUGGAGAAAGAGCGGGAGCUGUAUUCGUCCAUGCCGGGGUUUCUGAACGACGAUCUGCUCCUGGAUCCGGCCUGA